CACUACGGCGUGUCCAGCUGCGAGGGCUGCAAGGGCUUCUUCAAGCGCACGAUCCGCAAGGACCUGACCUACACCUGCCGCGACAACCGCGAGUGCGUGGUGGACAAGCGGCAGCGCAACCGCUGCCAGUACUGCCGCUACCAGAAGUGCCUGGCCACGGGCAUGAAGAGAGAGGGUCAGCCUGGCAGGCACUGGGAGGGACUGGGAGGGACUGGGAAUGGACCGGGAGGGAAAAAACGGGGAGGAAAUG